AGGGCGCCAGCCGCGCCCGCUGCUGGCCUCGCUGCCGGCGGGGGGCCAUGGCGGCGGCCUCACACUGAUUUCGGGGGCGCGAGAUGGCGCCCAGAAUUCGCCCCGCGGGGCUGCUGCUGGCGGCUGCCUGCGCCGUGGCGCCUGCUGCGCAGGCCGCCAGGGCCGCCGCCGAGCAGCUGGUCCUGCAGCCCCUCGAGGAUCCGCUCGCCGUGUGCAGCGACGGGAGCCCUGCUGGCUACUACUGGGGCCGCGCCCCGACGGAGGAGGGCUCCAGGCUGUGGAUCGUCUACCUCGAGGGCGGCGGCUGGUGCUACGACGCCGGCAGCUGCGGACGGCGCUGCCCCAAGGGCACGGCGUCGCCGCUGUGCAACUCGAAGGGGUGGGCCUCACGGCGCCGCCGGGCAGGGCGGCGCUCAGCUGGGCCGACCUGCCUGAGGACCCCGACGGCCCGGAGGGCCUGCUGAGGCCAGCGCUCUGCCCAAAGCAGGAGCUCGCGGGCUCGUGGCGCGGGCAAAGGGCGAUCCUCCCUCCUCCUUCCAUCCUCC